CCUCCAGUGGCUCCACCCCCUGGCCAGCCCUGGUGACAUCGCGAUAGCCGAUUGGGUCUGGUCGGUGACAGUUCCUGUUACCCAGGCAACUAGAACCGGGCUCCCUCAGGGCUAGAGGGAGGCGCAGGCUCGGGUCCCGGGCCUCGAGAUCGGGCUUGGGCCCAGAGCAUGUUCCAGAUCCCAGAGUUUGAGCAGAGUGAGCAGGAAGACUCCAGCCCUGCAGAUAGGGGCCUGGGCCCCACAGGGGACCAGCCCCCAGGCCUCAACAAGCACUGGACUACAGUCCCAGGUCUCCUGGGGGAAGCUGGUCACCAGCAGGGCCAGCCGGCCAGCAGCAGCCAUCAUGGAGGCGCUGGGGCUGUGGAGCCGCGGAGCCGCCACAGCUCGUACCCCGAGGAAGAUGACGACACCGAGGAGGGGGAGCCCAGCCACUUCCGCGGCCGCUCGCGUUCAGCGCCCCCAAACCUCUGGGCAGCACAGCGCUACGGCCGCGAGCUCCGGAGGAUGAGCGACGAGUUCCACGGCUCCUCCUUUCUGGGACUCCCUCGCCCGAAGAGCGCAGGCACAGCGGCGCAGAUGCGGCAAAACUCCGGCUGGACGCGCUUUUUCCAGUUCCAGUCCUGGUGGGGUCGGAACUCGGAGAGAGGAGGCUCCGCCUCCUCCCAAUGACCUUUCCCACGCGCCCC